CGUCCCUGACCAAGGAGAAAGGAGCAGACGAGCUGAGCGAGCGAGCGAGAGGGAAGAGAAACACAGGCUGUAAAAUGGUGUCUCUUAAGGAGCUGUGUGCCUAUGAAACUCCAUCCGUUGCUGAACUGGAGGAAUUCCUGCUGGCUGACAGGCGCCCCACCGGACAUGUCAACCAAGUGUGGCCCAAUGUAUAUAUUGGCAAUGAAGUUGCAGCCCGGGACAAGCCAAUGCUACACAGUAUGGGGAUCACCCACAUCGUGAAUGCUGCCGACGGCCCCCCACAAGUCAAAACAGGGCCUCGCUUCUACAGAGACAUGGCCAUAGAUUAUUAUGGGGUGGAGGCUGACGAUUCCAUUGACUUCACUAUGAGCAUUUUCUUUUACCCAACAGCAAGAUUCAUACGUGCUGCACUGGCUCAUAAAGGAAAGGUGUUUGUCCACUGCCUGAUGGGAGUCAGCCGCUCUGCGACGCUCGUCCUGGCUUUUCUCAUGAUCUGUGAGGAGCUGACGUUAAUGGAGGCCGCGCGAGCAGUUCGGCAGCACAGGGACAUUUGCCCCAACCCCGGCUUCCUCAAUCAGCUCCGCCACCUCGACAUGAGCCUCGUCCGCGAGAGGAAAAGGAAACUGGAAGCGUACAAAUUGUAAAUGAAAACUCAGAAGUGUUGUGACAAAAGUCUGCUUCUGAAGUCUGUACCCUCGGGGUCCGGACCCUCUCGGGUUUUAGUCCCAGACCUGCAGACCUGUCAGCCGAGAUCUCAUUUACUAAUAUCCCUUUCAUGACAGUCGUGAAGUGGAUAUCAGAGGGGCAAUUGAGGGGUUUGCCCAUAAAUAGUUAUUAACUUCCAAAGGGCAGCGGGGUUGCAAAAUAAAUGGCAGUUUUUUUAAUUCCUUCCAGAUGGCAUGCGCUUUGAACUCUUUCCAAAAGGAGCCUAUGAGCAUGUGUUGUUUUUCUUCAAACCCUUGUGAAGUGAGAUGGUUGUGGCCUGCUCUUUAUCAUAUGAAGGUGGAGCAGCAGAAACAUGCAUGGCUGGAUGUUUUAAAGGCCUGGUCUCCUGCAGAGACACUCUAAUGGGUGGCAUGUGCUCUAAUAUGUUUACAGGGGCGGCACAAACCCUUUGUGAUCCAGAGAGUGUUGCCAUUAAAGUGGCUGUUUUUCUGGUUUUCAAAAAAGAUCCUUUGCCCUCUGAAUAAUUAGGAAGAGCUUUAACCCCUUAUAAAACCCUAUAGCCAACUUCUUUAUGCUUAUAAGUAUUUUACUUUAAUAAUUUAAUUUACAUUAUUUUUUUAUAGGCUAUAAAACAGACCCCUGUGGGACUCCACAGGACGUGCUAAACCAAACAGUUAACAAAUCCUUUACAGUAGAUUCUGCAUGAAGGAUUUAUAACUGAAUAAUAAACCUUGAGUUGAAGAGAUGCUACAUGCCUUUAUAUUUUUAUUCUGAAAGAAAUAAUGCAACAAUCCCUUUGUAAUAAUCACUUAUAAAAUGUAAUUGAAAUUGUAAGAAGACUGUCAGCCUAAUACAAACCCCAACUUACAAAAAGUUGGAACACUGUGUAAAAUAUAAAGAAAUGUUAAUAAGUAAACACAAUGCAAUUAAAUGCAAAUCUUAUAUACCCAUAUUUUACUGUCAAUAGAACAUAGAACACAUAUCAGAUGCUCCAAAUGAGAUAUUUGACUUCACUGAAUUUAGUGAAGAAAAUUUAUUUAUUUAGAUGCAUCUAAAAGACGUUGGGACCCUGUCUCAACAGUCUUGGGUCUUCUUUGCUUAAUAAUUUUAUGAACUGGACUGUGCGCAGGCCAUAUUGAACGUCAACCUUGCCCCUGCUCACAGGGAUUACUAUUGUUACACUGUGUAAGUUUUUUGCAAAUUGUCCCUAUUGCAGCUGUUUUUAUUAUUACCACAUACUUUUCCAUCCUUUAUUGUCCCAUUGCAACUUUUGCUGAGAUAUGUAUUUCUGCAGUUAAGUUUAAUGUUUUUUUUUAAUGCAAUGGUAAAAUGUGCUUUUUCAGUACAUGGCUCUGUUUUGUUUCUGUCCUGUCUCCGCCCUAGCCCUGCCAUGUCAUUAGUGCUCCCACCUGUGUCUUAUUUUUAGCCUGGCCCUUUUAUUAUUGACCCCAGAUAUUCCUUGUCUGUUUCAGUGUAUUAAUAUACAGUAUCAUUUGUUUCAAUGUUUCUUGUCUGUGUUUUGUGAGUGUAUUUUGAUUUGCCUUAUGUUUCUUAUUAAAUAAACCAUUACUAACAUUAAG